UGCUUGACGUUGCACUGACAAUCAGUGACAGACACUGUUUCCUUGGUUUAGUUUUAACUUAUUUCCACCGAAAUCAGAUCAUAAAGAAAGAAAAGUUCGCUGUAAAUUGUUGCAGAAGGAAACUGAGAACUGAACUGACAAUGGCUUCUAAACUUGUGGAAUGGUUGACAGCGUUUAUGUUAUUUGCUAGUAUAUGGAUUGCCUUCGUCUUUGAUAUGGUUCCUAUUGAACUAGACCCCAGAAUAAAGGAAGUCAUUGUUCCUCUGCCAGUCUAUUUGGUGAUAGUGUUUGGGUGCUUCUCAUUAGCAACCAUUGGUUACCGGGUUGCAACUUUUAAUGACUGUGAGGAAGCAGCUGCAUCCCUUAAAAAGGAAGUAGAGGAAGCAAGAAAAGAUUUGACAAGGAAAGGAUUCAAGUUUACGUGACACUCGAACAGCUUUAGACUCCAAUGGUAAUCCAACUAGAAUCACAAUUUUGUUGCCAAAUAUUUAGACACAGGUAACGUCUUGUUUAAUUUAUGAUACGUGCAAAGCACUAUGUUUAUUUUGCACUUUUUAUUAAGCAAAUGCUUCACGACCAUCAUAGUGCUGCGUAACAGUAGUUUUUUAACUCCUACUUUUGGACUCAAUAUUAUCUACUGUGGGCUUGACUGAUAGAUAAAGGUCAUGGGUUUGAAUCCCACCCGAGUAAUAUGCCUGUGGUUUUUGUUUGUACAGAACUCGGGGGAAAGUACUGAGUAUACAGUGCUUUAUACUACAGUAUUAAAGUAGGCUUUAUACACGUUUUGAUAAAUGAGAUCUACCUAGAUCUUCUGUUAGUGCUCGUUUUGAUUCUAGUCAUGUUAAAAGAGCCGGUUUGGUCUCAAGUUUGGAACAGUAUACUCUGCUCGUCUUCAGGAGAAUGUUGAAGAUGAGCAGAUUAUAACGUUUGAAACAUCAAGACCAAACUGGCUCUUUUCAGAGCCAACACUCCCUCAUCAAGAGAUUUUACACAUGGUUGUACCCGCAAGUCUACUAUUCAUACUUAUUUUUAUAGUAACUCUUAUUCUCCACACCUUGCAAUGUUUUAAGCACCAUUUACAUUCUCGUCAAGCAAACAUUUUGAGCUACACAAGUUUCUGCCCAAAUUCGAGCCCUAACACCCAUACAUAAAUUAGGUUUGAAGAUUUGUAUGGUUUGGAUUAUAGGAGGUAACACCUUGUGGGUACAGUCAUGUGUACAUCUCUUUCUAUAGAGAGCUGUUGGUAUGGGCUUGCCAUUUUGAACCAUAUAAUCUGCUUGUCUCGAAUCUUCAAGAUUGAUAUGCCGGGGCCUACGUUUGGUCAGUUCGACAACACCAGGGUAAAGAUUGGGAGAGCUCAGGACAGGUUAGGAUGAUUUUAUUUGGAAUCAGUAGGGCUUGUUUUGUAAUGUCUAUAUGUUUCCGUCCCUCAAAGCUAUCGUUUAACACGCACUUCAAAAUUCAGUGAUGUAAAGCUAGUCUUGUGAAAUGAGUGAUUUGGGAGUUAGAUGUUGAGUGGCAUAAUGACUUGAUUGGUCACAAGGGAAAGCUCAAAUUGGAUUCCACAGACUAAAGACAGUGUUGCUACAUUAUGGUUUGGGUCAAACUUUUAUAAAGCAACCUCUAGAUGGCAAAGCAUGUGACCAUGGUUCCAUACACAUUCAUUCAGAAUUGUGUAUUGUUGGUUGCUAUCUCUGAAGUACGCAAAAGCUUUCUCCAAAUCAAGGACAUCGCAACCAUCUUUAGCCUGAUAUUAGGAAUUCAAAUUAAAGAAGUUACUUGUUAUUAAAGGCAGUGGACACUAUUGGUAAUUGUCAAAGACUAGCCUUCACAGUUGGUGUAUCUCAACAUAUG